AUGAAGCCAGAUCUGGCUGCGGGAUGCGGGCUGGCGCUCAUUGCUGUGGUCGUGAUGGGGACAGGAGCAUUCCCAGGCCCACAGCCCCUCGGGGACCUCCCGGAUGCGGGGGGCUGCCACCUGGCCCGGUUCAAGUCUCUGUCCCCACAAGAGCUGCAGGCCUUCAAGAGGGCCAAGGACACCUUUGAAGAGUCACUGUCCUCGAAGGCCUGGACCUGCCGCCCCCGCCUCUUCCCCAGGACCUGGGACUUGCAGCAGCUGCAGGUAUGGGAGCGUCUGGUGGCCUUGGAGGCUGAGCUGGCCCUGACGCUGAAGGUCCUGGGGACCAUGGCUGACGCAUCCCAGGGGGACAUCCUGGACCAGCCCCUUCACAUGCUGCGCCACAUCCAUUCCGAGCUCCAGGCCUGUGUCUCGGCUCAGCCCGAAGCAGGCUCCCGGCCCCGAGGCCGCCUCCACCACUGGCUGCACCGGCUCCACGAGGCCCCGAAGAAGGAGUCGCUCAGCUGCCUGGAAACCUCCGUCAUGUUCAACCUCUUCCGCCUCCUCACCAGGGACCUGAAAUGUGUCGCCAGUGGAGACCUGUGUGUGUGA